UAAUAAAUAUAGUGUAAUAAAAGUAGAGUGAGGAAGGUACAAGUGGCCAAAAGUAAGUACUGCUUCCAGGUAUAAAGCAGGUGUGCCAAUGUGGUGUGCCGUGAGCUGGCUGUGAUGCCUCCACCCGCCCAGCAGGGGGCGCUAAACACCCGCAGCUCACCCGUCACAACAGACGAGCAACAGAGGAGCAACAGAGGAGCUCCGUCCGCGUCGCUCUCAUUAAACAACUUCUUCCCCCGAAUGACUCCCCUUCUCCCGCUCUGACACACGGCCGCGCGGUGGUGGGGUUUUUUUCUUUCUUUCUCUUCCUCUUUUCUCAGCGGGUUUCUCUCUCUCUCUCCUGUUGGCUAAAGUGUGACAUCACUCAGGUGAGUGAAGGGAAAUACACUUAUUCCCACCUGGUUGACGGGUGUGUUCGUCCGCGCGCAGAAACCUAGGAAGUGAUUCGGCGCCCGACUCUUCGACCGGGGACGACGCGGACACGUUAGAUCUCGAUGUCUUAAAGACGUUGAAGGUCGUUAUUGUGUAACUAAAUCUGCUUUGUAAUCAUUUAAAACGCGUCGCAGGUAGCUUCUGGACUCACCUUUUUUUUUUUGAGAAGCAGGUGAACAAAGUUUUUUUUCCCUCCUUAAGUUGCGUAGGCAGGAGUUCCUUAACGCCAGAUAUCUUCUGCUUCUCGUUGCUUUCCGGAGUAUUUCUGUUAUAAAGAUUCAAUUGUUGUCUUUUUCUCAAAAGUGGAUGCCGGUCAGAUUCCGCCAGCAGCGAGUUAUGCUGAAGCCCUUCGGCACCUCAGGAUGAGCUCUACAGAUGGAGAGGCCCGCGUGGUGCAGAUCUACCCCAGGCUUUCCCAGGACACGGUCACCUACUGUCCACUGCAGGUCGGCGCCGGGGACACGGCGAGGGAUGUCAUCGACAACGCCGUGGUCACCCUGGGCCUCGAUGCCGGCAAGACGUACAGCCUGCUGGAGGUCAGGAGACCCGGGAGGGAGGAGAGGUUGCUGGAGGCCGGGGAACGACCUCUGGAGAGAGUCCUGCUGUGGCCGCCACUGGCACACAAGUGGCACCUUCAGACCAACGGGUACUACUUCAUCCUGCAGGACCAGCAAGCCAACAAUGGAGGCCACCAGGUCGAAAACAGCCUGUGCUAUGAUGACCUAUGCAACCUCCAGACUGUGACUGAGGAGAACAUUCUGGAGGCUUUACGCCAGCGCUUCAACAGGCUCAAAAUCUACACCUACGCCAGCAACAUCCUCCUCGCCAUCAAUCCCAAUAAGUUCCUUCCUCUCUAUUACAAUCCCAAUUACGUCAAGAUGUACGAGAACCAGCCAAUGGGCAAACUGAGCCCCCACAUCUUCGCCGUGGCGGACAGGGCCUUCCGGGCCAUGCUGGGCCGGCAGGUCAACCAGUGCAUCGUGUUGUCCGGGGAGAGCGGCUCGGGGAAGACGGAGAGCUGCAGUUAUCUCGUCCACUGCCUGACGGCCCUCAGCCAGAAGACGUACUCGGGCGGGCUGGAGCGCACCGUCCUCGGGGCCGGCCCGGUGCUAGAGGCCUUUGGCAACGCUAAGACAGCAGAGAAUAACAACUCCAGUCGCUUCGGGAAGUUCAUCCAGCUCAACUAUCUGGAGAGCGGCGUGAUCAGAGGGGCAGUUAUUGAGAAGUACCUACUGGAAAAAUUCCGCCUGGUGUCCAGGAAUCUAGGGGAGAGGAACUACCACGUUUUUUACUAUCUGCUGGUGGGUGCGUCCGAGGAAGAGCAGCAGGAGUUUCACCUGUUAAAGCCGCAGGAUUAUCGUUACCUGCAGCAGGAAGACCUCCGCUUAGAUGAUGUGGAGAAACUUGGGCAUGAGUACAAGAGGCUCCAUCAAGCUAUGGAGAUGGUUGGUUUCCUCGCCUCCACCAAGAAUCACAUAUUUUCCAUCCUCUCUGCCAUCCUGCUCCUGGGCAAUGUGAUGUACACACAGCCUGAGGACGCUGACGUCCUGGAUGUGGGACCUGCUGAAGUGUUGUCCACGCUGUCUACCCUGCUCAAAGUGAAAAAGGAGGUACUGGUCAAGACUUUGACCAAGAGGAGAGUAGUGAGGGCCGGCGCCGCCGUACUCUCUCAUUACUCACUACAAGAGGCCACCGCGGUGCGGGACUCCAUGGCCAAGUCUUUAUACAGCGCUCUGUUCGACUGGAUCAUCCUUCACAUCAACCACGCAAUGUUCAACCGGCGGGACAUGGAGGAGUCGGUCCCCUGUUUGUCCAUCGGCGUCCUGGACAUGUUUGGAUUCGAGAACCUCCGGACGAACAGCUUUGAGCAGCUGUGCAUCAACUUCUCUGUUGAGAAAGUUCAGUGUUACAUCAACCGGCAGGUCUUCAAGCGUGAGCAAGAGGAUUAUGUCUCCGAGGGCAUCGCCUGGCGAACCAUCAACUACACGGACAACAGCUGCUGCAUCCGGCUGAUCAGCGAGGAGUCAAAGGGGCUCUUUGCCCUGCUGGAUGAGGAGAGCAACCUCCCUCGGGCCACGGAUGAAACCCUGUUGGACAAGUUGAAGCAUCAACAUGGGGACAACCCAUUAGUUGUUCCUUCCCCACUCCGAGAGCCCACUUUCAUCAUUCGACACUUUGCCGGAAGGGUUAAAUAUCACAUCAAGGAUUUUCGUCAGAAGAACACGGAGCACAUUCGCCCUGAAGUCAUUUCACUUCUCCGGAGCAGUGGGCGGGCGUUUGUUCAUCACUUGGUCGCAUCCAGUCCGGAAGCUCUGUUCAGAUGGGGAGUCCUCCGAGCCACCAUCCGCAUCCUCUCAGUAUUCAAGAAACUGGGACGCCAGCGGGCAGAAUCGAUAUCUGGUAGACGAAGCUCCCACAAAACCUUCAUGGAGAAACGUGGCACCACUGCUGUGGAGAGACUUUCCGGCAACAGCCUGACUCUGGAUUUCUCCUUCGAUCGCUCCGAUGAACAUCCACUCGAUGUGUUUGAAGACAUCUUUGUCAAUUACGAAAAGAGAAAGAAAAAUCGAGGCAGUCGACGAAAGCAGCUCAUUCCAAAGAACCUCAUGGAUUUGCAGUCCCUCAGACACAUCGUGGGCCUCACGGCACACGACCGAACCAGCAAGUUCAUCUUCCACCCUCAUCGGAGGGCAAAGCCCCCGACAGUGAGCACUCAGUUCCAGACUUCACUUGGGAAACUGAUGGAGACGAUGGGAAAAGCCGAGCCAUUCUUUAUUUUCUGCCUUCGUUCCAACAAUGUAAAGAAGGAUCUACACUUUGAUGCCGACGUUGUGCUACAGCAAAUUAAGUACCAAGGCCUACUGCAGAUGGUUCACAUCAAGAAGUCGGGCUUUAGUGCCAAAUACACAUUCAAGGAAUUUGUUGAGCAGUUCAGAAUUUUGCUUCCAAUAGUAACUACUAUGAAGCCAGAGCACAUAACUGAACUGUUUGAGAAGAUGAAGCUGGAUAGGACCACCUAUCAAAUAGGAAAAACCAAGGUGUUCCUCAAGGAAAAGGCUCGGCAGCUCCUCCAAGACACACACAAGCAAGAAGUGAUGCAUCGCAUCAUCGUCCUGCAGCGCUGGUUCCGUGCUUGUCUGUUAAGGAUCCACUUCCUGCAAAAGCGAGAUGCCACAAUGAUUAUUCAGAGAAACUGGAAGGAGUUUUACGAGAACCAAAACCGAGCUGCUACGGUGAUCCAGACGGCUUGGAAAAGUUCGCUGAAGAAAUACAAGGACCAACGGGAGAAGGAAAGCAACGGGUCCAAGAACCGGCUUGGGCGGGUCAGUUUGACAAAAAAGGAGUUAACAAGGCAGCAGAAAGUGGAGCUCAGCCCCAACCGGACCGAGCAGAAGUCCAGGAGCCGAGAGAAGCGGGAGGGCAGAGGAUCUCCUCCCCCUCUCGCCAGGCCCCUCUCCCUUCCGCUCGACCCUAAAGCCAAAGAGGAGCCCUGCCCGGGCCCGUCUAAAGCCAGCUCGCUGCAGCGCUACACGGAUGUUGAGGCCUUCAAGGAGAAGGCUGAGAAAUGGAGGGAAAGGCUGAGCGAGGGCGAACGGACGGAUGAAUCGAGUCCAGAAACACAGCGGCGACAAGGCGUUUGGAAAAAUGAGUUUCAGCACAAAGGGAAGUCCAUGUCUGUUGAUGAGCUAUCAAAGGUCAACUCGUCAGGCUCUGACAGCUCGCCAUCCACAAACGAGGUCAGGGUGCGUGUCCGCAAGCAGCCCAAACGCAAGCGGCACUUAGCCCACGCCCGCAGCGGCCUGAUGUCGAACUUUGGGGGCUCCAAUGAGAGCGAAUGCUGGAGCUUUCCGCUGCCUCCCAUCAGCCCCCAUGUAGCCGGCAUGAAGAGCUCUGCCAGUAGCUCGGAUGUCCGGGCCCUCGAAUCCCAGGUCAAGAUACCGACAGAUACUGAUGGGUCGUGCUUCAGUUUUCAGGCCAGGAGCCGCAAUGAGAACUCGGGACCACACGGAUCCAACGAAUCACAACUCACAACGCCUGAGAAGCUUUGGUUCCUCAGUAAAUUCCUGAGAAAGCGGGCACCUAAAUAUCCGCCGCUCAACAACUCUACAGCAAGUAAAGCAGCACUCACCUUGCCGAACUACACGCCACAAACCUACCACAGGCCGGACCAGAACACCGAGAGGGUCGGCAAGGACCCGACCAUUCGAAUCAGCCGGGCCACACGGGCGCCGCAGUGCAACACGUCUCUGGAGCGUGAGAUCACAGACCCCAACGAGCUGCGGAAACUGGACGAAUUCCUCGGCAACCAGGUGAAUGAGCUGCAAAGUAGAAUAAAACAUCUGUCGCAAACAGAGAGCAUCUUCCUCACAGCCACCAUGCAGUUCAGAGAAACCAUCAAGGGCAUGUACUCUCUCCAGAAGCCCCAAAUUGGCUACAAAGAUCUGAUGAAGGGCUACGAAAACCAAGUGAACACGCUAGCGGGGUCCAAGGACAACAAGACGGAGGUCUCGUUGGUGGUCAACUUGUUUCAGUCCAUGCUGGACGCCUUCAUAAGGGGCGAGCUGAAGCGAGUGGAGUCUGAACCAGCCAAGGCCAACAAGGGGAUGAAGAAGAGGAGAAAAAAGGACACAUGUGUCAAUAGUCCUCUGGAUCACCUAUUCAGCACCUACCAGGUGAACAUCAUGCAGUCGUGUGACUUGUGUGGCUCUUACAUCUGGGGAAUGGAGAAAGCCUACAUGUGCAGUGCUUGCAAGUUAAUAUGUCACAAAAACUGCCUGAACAAAAUCAUCACAGAUUGCUCAACGCGAUGUGACAGAAAGGAUGACCGUGUACCGGGCUCCCUUCACUUUGGGGUGCAGGUGUGUGUCCUCACCAGUAAAGCCGACCCUGUGCCCAAAGUGGUGGAGUUGUUGCUGAUGCACGUGGAGCUAAACGGCCUCUACACGGAGGGCAUUUACCGCAAGUCGGGCUCAACAUGCCGAGCGAGGGAACUACACCAGAUUCUGGAGACUGAUCCUGAAGGUCCGAGUUUAGACAAUUACUCCAUCCACACCGUCACGGGUCUGGUUAAACGUUGGCUCAGAGAGCUGCCGGACCCCCUCAUGACUUUUUCCCUCUACAGCGACUUCCUGCAUGCCGUGGAGCUGCCAGAGCCAGCUGAGAGGAUAAGGGCUAUAUACCAAAAGGUUGAUGAACUUCCACCUGCCAAUUACAACACGUUAGAGCGACUCAUCUUUCACCUGGUCAGGGUUGCAAAGGAGGAAGAGCACAAUAAGAUGUCCCCGAGCUCUCUUGCCAUCGUGUUUGCCCCCUGCGUCCUGCGUUCACCUGAUGUGAACGACCCCUUCCUGGGAAUGAAGGAUGUGUCCAAGACUACAAUGUGUGUUGAGAUCCUGAUCACUGAGCAGUUCAGACGCUACAAUGAGAAGAUGCAGAAUAUCCAGCAGCUGGAAUACGCAGAGGCCCUGGCUGUCAGUCAGCUCAAACUGAGGAGACAAAACACGCUUAUUGAAAAGAAGCUGGAUGUUCCAUACCAGUCUGAUGAACUGGAGAGGACCCUCAUGAAUAGGAUCAGAUCCAUCAAGCAAGAAAAGGUGGACUUGGCCUGCGGGUUACCCGACCUGGAGCAAGAGCAAUCGGACAAUGACAACCUGGACUCCUUGUCGACAAUGAGCUCGGACAGUCUGGGCAGCCUGGACUCGGAAGUACCACAAAAGGUGACCAUGCGAUUGAAAACCCAGAAACCCGCCUGCCCACCUAAGCCCGCUGACCUGGCGCAGAGAGUCAGGAGUCUCAUGGCUCAGAAAGAUGACGCGGAGAGAGAGUUUGCACCGCGCCGAAAGACGGAUGUUACUCAAUCCAUGUACGUCCUGCCAAGCCGAGACGACCCUUCCCCCGACGCCGUCGAGUCCCAGAUCACAAACAAAGCUUCCAGUCGGCACUUUGAUGACCUGGACAUUCCCUUCAUCGAUGACGAUGAAGAUUGAACCUGCACAUAACACCAGGAUUUGUAAAGAUUGAACGAUUCUCAAGCAUGUGUUAAAAAAAAACAUGUGUGAAUGUCAAAAAAAUAGCUGUGCACUUUGUUUUAUAGACUUUUUCCAGUUUUCAAUGCUGCUAUGGAAACCAAAUGCUUUGUGACGGUAGAUCGUACGGACUGUCCCUUAAGGUUUUUUGUUGUUGUUUUUUUUAACUAAUCUGGAGAAGUGCCAAUAGAAGUGCCUAAACCUCUUAAUAUUCUAUUUAAAUUCUGAGUUGUACAGCUCACAUUUUAUAAAAGGUUGACCCUUAUGUGAAGCUGUGUGACCAGCUGUGUUUCAUCUAAGGAGAAAAACAUGGUGAGCUAUUAAGGAUACAAGUCCUUCCUUUACAAAUGAACAGAGUAUUUCUGCCGCUGUAGUCAUGAGAAUUUAUGGUGUUUGUGGGGUAAAAUGUUUUGUAAGUGUUCUAUAAAGGAGAACCAGAGUGCUUUUACAGACGACGUUGCGUUCUGGGGCUCUCGUUGAGUGCAUUGUUGUUCACCUGGAACUUUUUUCAAGUCCCAGAGAUAUUGCUGUGACUGAUCACUGAUUCAAUACGCCGGAAAGGGCAGGGGGCAUAUUGUUGCCUUCGAACUGAAGGCUGAAAAUACUUCCCCGUGGAACUUCUGUUGGUUUUGCAAGGCUGUUUCACAAAAUAAAUGUUGAUACAUAUAUAUUUUUAUAUAUGCAUGCUUGCACGUUAUAUAUGGAAUAAUGGAUAUUGGGGUGAACAUCCUCAGGGUUGGACUUUUGUAUAAUAAACUCGCCAUUUUCACAUGUCUCAUGAUGUAAUAUAGAUGUCUUUAACUAGUACUACUGCUUUGAUGGUGACACGUAUUAUAAAAUAAAUACUUUAUGUGACAAACUAAACAUGAAAAAAAAAAAUAGUGUCUGAACCAACGCUUAUCAAUUAGAGAAUCAAACAAAUGAUUGGUUUCAUAAUUUUUUACUAUUUUUGUACUUUACCAAACUAAUACAAGAUAUUUUACUAGAAAUAUAAUAUAAAAACAAACUGAAUAUAAUUUGUUUGUAGUUGAAAUGUCACAUGUUGAACCAACAUAUUCAGUGUAAUAUGUAUUGAAACUGAGAUUGUAUUUCAGGUGGAGGUUUGAGAACCACCCUUGUAUGUUAAUGAGAUCACAAAUGCCUAAUACCUACUGUAUAAAACAUUAAUGAUCUCUUCAAUGUUAUUGCCAUGUUAAUCCAAACUAGAUCACCCCCUCCCCCACACACUCUUCUGUUGUUGACGGAAAUUACUAUUUUCCAGAUUUCUCGUAUAUCUUUAGUUUUAUCUUCACCAAGUGUAGUUUUCAAAUGUUCAAAUUGACUGUUUUUUGUCUGACUCCCUAUAAAAUUCUCAAGCACAA